CCAGCAAUGGAGUGUAAUCCUCGUCUGCUACCUGCGACACGGGACUCCAGCUCUUCUCCACCGAGCUCCAAACAGGACCUCCCAACAUUCAACCCCAACCUGAAACCCAACCAGGUCAGCGAGACCGCCCUGUAUGGAAUACCCAUAGUCUGCCUGGUGCUGGACGGUCAGGAGAGACUGUGCCUGGCGCAGAUCUCCAACACUCUGCUGAAGAACUACAGCUAUAACGAGAUCCACAACCGGCGCGUGGCGCUGGGAAUCACCUGCGUGCAAUGCACCCCGGUCCAGCUGGAGAUUCUGAGGCGUGCGGGCGCCAUGCCCAUCUCCUCGAGGCGCUGUGGGAUGAUUACAAAGCGCGAGGCCGAGAGGCUUUGUAAAUCAUUUCUUGGAGCUCACAACCCUCCGAAAUUACCGGAAAACUUCGCGUUUGAUGUGUCCCACGAGUGCGCGUGGGGGAGCCGUGGUAACUUUAUACCAGCCAGGUACAACAGCUCCCGGGCCAAGUGCAUCAAGUGCUCCUUCUGCAAUAUGUAUUUUUCUCCCAAUAAAUUCAUAUUCCACUCUCACCGCACACCAGAGUCAAAGUACACCCAGCCAGACGCUGCUAACUUUAACUCCUGGAGGAGACACCUCAAACUGACCGACAAGGGCUCACCUGACGACGUGGCACAUGCAUGGGAGGACGUGAAGGCCAUGUUCAACGGGGGCAGCCGGAAGAGAACGAUGCCCGUGCACGGUCACGGGUCUGAGCGUUCCUUUCCAUUGAAAUCACAUCAAGGACCUAGCAACCUCUCCCGGAGAGACUCACCGGAGAUCCCCCCUAAAAUCCUCCGCUGCGAGGACAACCGGGGAGGCAUGGGGAGUAUGAGUACCACGCGCAGCUAUCCGGUUAUCCCGGUGCCCAGUAAGAGCUUCGGUAUGCUGCAGAAUGUGAAGAUUCCUCCGCCGCUUUACCCACAUCCCUACGGGUUCCCGACAUUCGGGCUGUUCCAGAAAAAGAAUGAUAGUGGUGGUGUGAUGGAAGGAGAGCAAAACAAAGCCCACCUCUCCGGGGUCUUCUCCUGGCCUAGCACCAAGGACAGCGCCUACCACUCUUUCCCUAUGUUCUGGCCUACUGCAGGUGGCCUGACCAUGCCCCCCUACCCCCACCCCCAGCCACAGCCACAGGCCCAGCACAAACCGCACUCGGAGCUCCUGUGCGCCAGACAGAGUGAUCUGGACGCAUCCGAGCAGAGUGACAGAAGUAGCAACACUCCGAGGGACAGUCUGAUGGACAGUGACCAGUGCUCUAGCACACAGUCCACCCGGAAUGAGGACGACAAGUUUGGCGAUGAGGCGAGGCCAAUGGACUGUAUAAGGCCAGUUCUAUCACGGAAGAUUAGCUACGUCUCUGCAUUCAGACCCGUCAUCAAAGACACGGAGAGUAUAGCCAAACUUUACGGUAACCGGGGUUCGUACAACGGGGCUCGAGCUGGCUACCUGUCACCAGAUUUCCUGAGCGAGAGCUCGAGUUACAGGUCCGUGUCCCCCGGAAGCGUGGACAGUGUGGGAGAGACGGAUGUGGAUGUUGAAACCAAUAAAUCACAAGAGGAUGAGGAGUCACUUCCGCACAACAUUGAGGUCAGCAAGAGCCCCCUUGUACCUUUUCUAAACUUGGCACAGGGUGCUUCACUAAACGGCCUAGAGUCCAAAUCGGAGCCGGAGCAAGCGGCUGUGGUCGACUCACAGAGAAUGAAUCUACACGUGGUACUACUGUCUUCAGACAGAGAGAGACAGGAGAACAAGACCACGUCUAUUGUUGAAAUAUAUUCACCGGACAGGAGUGAUAUGCAACAAAGGAGAAGUCCAUAUGCUUUUGGUUCAGCACCGAAUGACCGUAAAGAUACUGUGGAAUCGAAAGAUGACUGUGUCAGUAGAGAGGAGCCGUCUUCGACAAUGGAGGAGGUUGAAACGACGUCUUAUGACGGCCAAAGCGGCGAGGAGAGCCCGAGAGUAGCUCUGAAUGAGGGCGAGGCAACGCACAAUGUUAGCAGAGUAUUACAAACUCAGAAAGACAUAGAAAACCUGGCAAAAGACGAAUUGCAGAGACAGCUCGUUGAGCAAGUGGAACUAAGGAAGAAAUUGGAACGAGAAUUCCAACAUUUAAAAAAUAAUUUCCAUCAUCAGAUGAAAAGGGAGCUGUCCUACAGGGAAGAGAUGGUUCAGCAGCUUCAUAUUGUCAGAGAAGCUCACAACGCGCUACAACAUUUCUCCUGUAAGAUGCUGACUCCUCGACACUGCACUGGAACCUGCUCCUUCAAACCUCCUCUUCUACCACCUUAGUCCCUUCCCACAGU